AGUGCGGAAACCGGAAUAUCGCACUAAUUAUUAGCAGUUCUUUAUACAAUAACAAAAUGAAAACCGCACUUGUGUUCGUAUGUGCUAUCCUAGGAGCUCUGGCAAAGACCCAUUUAGAAGAAGAAAAGGAAAAGCUGCAUAAAAUCCACGAGGAAUGUCAGGCAGACCCAGCCACCUACGCUGACGACAAACUCCUGGAGAAUUUGUCGCAAAACUUGGACAACCCGCAAGUUGAAGCCCACAUGUUAUGCGAAUCGACAAAAGUUGGCCUACAGUGCAAGGAUGGACACCUAAAUAUCAAAACCAUCAAGGAAAAGGUGGCGCUUUGUGUGAAGGAUGAAAAAGAAGUAGAUAGACUGGUGAAGAAAUGUGCCAUACAGAGGGAAACUCCAGGGAAAACUGCUGUGUACCUCUUUAUGUGUUUGGAUAAAAAUGGGGUCACAUAUUUUCAUGAGUUUUAGAAACUGUAUAUAUUUUCUAAAAUUCUUUAUGGUGUAAGUAUAAUCAGCAAUGAAACUGUUGGUAUUUUCAAGUAUUUUUAAAUAAAUAAAUAAAUAUAGUAGUAUCAGUUUUGCUAAUUUUAUUAAGCAUUAUCUCUAUAAAUAGCACAUGUCAAGUAGAUUGCUUUUGCCUAUUUGUCAACGAGAAUUUUAUGUUAUUAUAACGAGAAAAUUGGUAUCAAUUACUGUUUUGUGCACUGUAUUUACUAGUCUGUUUUUGAGUUAAAAAAAAUCAGCAGACUUCAUAAUCUUUUAAAUUUAAUUAAUCUUUGUUGUUCUGGAACUUAUUUAAAAUCACGAAAAGUCAGUAAAAUAGUAAACAGGUCAUACAUAUUGACUUCCUAUCUACUCUAGGUUAAGAAAUAUUUAACCUAUUUUUCUCGUAGAUCUACAUCUAAUAUUGCAAGCAAAUCUCUUUGUGAUAUAUUAUCCGCUUUUAAUAUAGGAAAUUGAAAUAUGAUCAGAUAUUAAUUGCCUUUUUUGUUCAUUAUUUAGGGAUGUGAAGGUAUUGGUAGCAGUAAAGUGAAACAUUUUAAAAAAGUAA